UUCUCAUCGUUUAGAAGAGAAAAGCAAAGAAAAUGUCGAAAUCACCAGAGCAAGAGCACCCCAUAAAGGCUUUUGGCUGGGCAGCCAGGGAUUCUUCUGGAGUCCUCUCUCCCUUCCAAUUCUCCCGGAGGGCAACCGGAGAUGAAGACGUGAAAUUCAAAGUGCUAUACUGUGGUGUCUGCCACUCUGAUCUUCACUGCGUCAAGAACGAAUGGGGAAUUUCUAACUACCCAUUGCUCCCUGGGCACGAGGUCGCAGGAGAAGUAACAGAGGUUGGGAGCAAGGUAACAAAAUUCAAAGUUGGCGAUAGAGUUGGUGUAGGAUGCAUUGUGGGAGGUUGUCAUUCUUGCGAAAACUGCAACAACGAUCUCGAGAACUAUUGCCCACAGAGUGUCCAAACCUACAAUUCGAUCCACUUCGAUGGCACCAUGACCUACGGUGGCUACUCCGACAUCAUGGUUGCGCACCAGCGUUACAUCGUCCGAAUGCCGGAGAAUAUGCCUCUCGACGCCGGAGCGCCUCUUUUGUGUGCCGGCAUCACCGUUUACAGUCCCUUGAAGUACUAUGGACUUUGCAACCCUGGCAUGCACUUGGGUGUUGUAGGUCUUGGUGGACUUGGCCAUGUUGCAGUCAAAUUCGGCAAAGCUUUUGGGAUGAAGGUCACUGUGAUUAGUACUAGCCCUAACAAGAAGCAGGAAGCCAUUGAACGUCUUGGUGCUGAUGCUUUCUUGGUCAGCGUUGACCAGGAGCAGAUGCAGGCUGCUACGGGCACAAUGGAUGGUAUCAUUGAUACCGUUUCCGCCGAACACGCUCUCGCGCCAUUGAUAGGUCUGGUGAAGACACACGGGAAGAUCGUGUGUGUAGGUGCACCUGAGAUUCCUCCUCAGUUGCCAGUCUUUCCUCUACUCAUGGGGAGGAAGAUGGUGGGUGGAAGCCUUAUUGGAGGAAUGAAGGAGACACAGGAGAUGAUCGAUUUCGCCGCGAAACAUGGUAUUACCGCAGACAUUGAAGUAAUUCCGAUGGAUUACAUCAACACGGCCAUGGAUCGGCUUGUCAAGGCCGAUGUCAAAUACCGAUUUGUCAUUGACAUUGCAAAUUCCUUGACCCAAGCUUAAGCAGCUUAGCCAGUUGCUCCUUCCAAUUGAUACUUCCUGAAUUCGAUCU